CUCGCCCUUCACCCGCCGCCAUGUUCUCGCGACAAGUCCUCCGCACCGUCCGGGCCGCUGCCCCCCAGCGCGCCGCUGCCCUCCGCGUCGCCGUCCCCGUCCGAUCCUUCGCCGCCGCGGCUACCAGCGAGGUCAAGCCCCCCGUGUCCGUCUUCGGCGUCGAUGGCACCUAUGCCACUGCUCUGUACACUGCUGCCGUCAAGACCUCGAGCCUCGAUCCCACGGCCACUGCCCUCUCCAACCUCGGCGCCCUCUUCGAAAAGGACACCAAGCUGGCCGCCAUCCUCUUGACCCCUACGCUGACCGAGGCCGACAAGAAGGCCAUCAUUGAGGAGCUCGGCAAGAAGGCUGGCUCCGGCAACGAGACGGUCAAGAACUUCCUCGAGACCCUCGCCGAGAACAACCGACUGGGUCUCCUGCCCGGCGUCUGCGACAAGUUCGCCACCAUCAUCUCUGCCGCCCGCGGCGAGGUCGAGGUCACCGUCACCAGCGCCCAGCCUCUCGACAAGCGAACCCUCAACCGAUUGGAGUCUGCCGUCUCCAAGUCGGCCUACAUCAGCCAGGGCCAGAAGCUCAAGGUCACCAACUCUGUCAACCCCGACAUCGUUGGCGGACUCGUCGUCGAGAUCGGAGACCGAACCAUCGACCUCAGCGUCUCGGCCCGCAUCGCCAAGAUGAACAAGCUCCUGACCGACUCCCUGUAAAAUCACCCCCCUUCAUAGUGUUAAACAAACAUGUUUAGUUGUCUCCUUUAAGCCCAUUCUCGUUUGGGCGUUCACCGGCCGGGCAACUCUCUCACCCUCCCCCUCCCGUGUUGCCCGCCGGCUUCUGGGCUUCCCCUCUUUCCGACCUCCCCCGACUUUUUUAUUUACGUCUCCGGAUGGGAGGGGAAAGAGUGUGUCGAUGGAAAGAAUAGUGUAGGAGGGUGUGAAUAGGG